AGAUAAGAGCUGGUGGUGGUUUCCAAGGAGACGGGCAUAGGCGGGGCCCCGGGGAGGGGGAGCAGUGACUGACCAAUGAGAGAGCGCGGAGCGGGUUGUUUGUUGGUGGUUCAGUCGGGAAAGUUACACAAGGUUCGAAAAGAAAAAGGGAGCGAGUGGGAGAGAAGGCGGGUAGUGUGAGCAGGGACGCGUUGUGCAGAGCUUCUAAACCGCGCCCAGUCCCACGCAAGGAUUACCGCAAGGGAACCCCGGGAGUAGCCUGUCACAAGGGGGCUUGGGUAUCCGUGCCCAUGGAGCUGGUUACUGUUGGUGCAUCUUUCGCCUUCUUUCGGCUCCUGAAUAAGGAGCUCCACCGGCUCGUCCCCCCUCCGAGCUCCGCUCUCCGCAAUCCUUGGAAAUGGGGGAACAUUUGGACGUCCUUUGUGCACAGCCUGAUUACCGGGAGCUGGGCGCUGUUGGGGUUUUACCUGCACCCUGAGAUGGCUGAGGAUCUCAUCUCCACACACUCCCUUUUCUCGCACAGCCUGGUUGCUGUGUCUAUAGGUUAUUUUAUCCAUGAUUUUUUGGACAUGCUGCAGAAUCAGAAGCUACAUCAAUCAUGGGAGCUGCUUUUCCAUCACACUGUGGUUAUUACAUGCUUUGGAAUCUCGGUGGUCCUGCAUCACUAUGUGGGCUUUGCAGUGGUCGCAUUGCUUGUAGAAAUUAACUCCAUCUUCCUCCACCUACGGCAAAUCCUGCUUAUGGCCAACUUGUUAAAGACUACCUUCUACCGACUAAACAGCCUGCUGAACUUGGGCACUUAUGUUAUAUUCAGAAUCAGCACUUUGGCGUGGAUGACCAGGUGGCUGGUGCUAAACAGAGACAAUAUACCACUUGUAAUCUACACCAUCGGCAGCGUAGGAAUGGCCAUUAUGACUGUUAUGAACAUCAUACUUUUUUGUCGUCUUCUGCGCAGUGACUUCCUUAAGUCUACCCGGGAGCCCCAGCGGGAAAAAGACAAGUGAAGAAAGUCAGACCUUUCAGUAAAACCAUAACUACUUGGUUAAAAGCAAGCCAACCUUUCUCAGGAUUUGAGAAUCAAAAACCUAACUACCAAGAAAUUCUACUGCAGAGUUUACAUGGUAACCUUUUGUAGGUUUUCUUGGUGGACUUUCUGCCCCAGUGUGUUUCAUUUAAGCAGAGCCUUCCCCCUAAGACUAAGGUAUUAGGGGUAUAUUUAUUAUAGUGUGUAAGCAAACAUUAGCGGUGAUGUUGCCCAUAGCAACCACUCGACAAUUAAUUUGAACAGCCACCUACAAGAAAACAAAAAUCUGAUUGGUUGCUAUGGGCAACAUCACUGUUAAUGUUGGUUUACACACCAUAGUAAAUAUGCCCCUUAGAGACAAGAACCUACUUAAAGGAAUCCCAUUACUUUCAUGGUUACUUCUCUGCACUUUUCUGUUAUUUGUCAGUUUUUUCAAUUGACCUCUUAAUCUCUAGAAAUGUCCUCUUUUUCUACCCCAGCAUCCAAGCACUUAAAUUCUGCUGUUGUGAGAAUAUGUUGGGCUGCACUUGUGUUCAUUCAGCAUAAUGGCAAUUUAAUGUCUGUAAGUUAAGAAAUGAGCAUUCUCCCACUCAU